AUGUUGGCAGGGAUCGGGGAAGCGUUACGUUAUCUCUUCUUUCCGCCAGGAGCCGACGGAGCCCCAGAGGAGCAGCGGCGGAGGUCCCAGAAGCGGAGGCGGGAACAGGCCAUGGACGACGACGACGAUGAAUCCUCGAAGAGUCGCAAGUGUCCACGCCGAGAACUGGGUGGACGCGCCGGCAUGGAGAGGCGAGCGGUACUGCUCAACUGGCUGUACAGCGUCCUGCGCAAGCCGAUGGGCAACUACUUCGUGCGCCAGGCGAUGGAGUGGUUACACCUGAGCGCGCCGCCCAUCGCUGCCGAACCUGCCAGGCCAAAGGAGCAGACGACGUGUCCUCCGUACGGGGAUUUUCAGUUAGAGCAUGCGGCUGAGCGGUCAUCGAGCGCGUCCCUUUUGCCGGACCGGUUCGUCCGUCCACACUUGAAGAACCACGAUCUCGAGUCUAUCGCCGCGCUGCGGCGACCAGGCGACGGAGCCUGUGGUCGACACUACGGUGGCCAGAGGCAUCCCGACGCCGAGGCGGGAGCGGAGAAGCCCCUUCACGAACGGAACGGGGAUCGGAAUGGUGCGUGUCAAACACCUCGAGAACAAAUGUUGGCAGGGAUUGGGGCAGCGUUACGUUGUCUCUUCUCUCCGCCAGGAGCCGACAGAGCCCCAGAGGAGCAGCGGCGGAGGUCCCAGAAGCGGAGGCGGGAACAGGCCAUGGACGACGACGACGAUGAAUCCUCGAAGAGUCGCAAGUGUCCACGCCUAGAACUGGGUGGACGCACCGGCAUGGAGAGGCGAGCGGUACCGCUCAACUGGCUGUACAGCGUCCUGCGCAAGCCGAUGGACAAUUACUUCGUGCGCCAGGCGAUGGAGUGGUUACACCCGAGCACGCCGCCCAUCGCUGCCGAACCUGCCAGGCCAAAGGAGCAGACGACGUGUCCUCCGUACGGGGAUUUUCGGUUAAAGCAUGCGGCUGAGCGGUCAUCGAGUGCGUCCCUUUUGCCGGACCGCUUCGUGCGUCCACACCUGAAAAACCACAACCUCGGGUGUAUCGGUGCGUUGCGUCGGCCAAGCGACGGAGCCUGGGGUCGACACUACGGUGGCCAGAGCCGUCCCGACGCCGAGGCGGGAGCGCCGAAGCCCCUUCACGAGCGGAACGGGGGUCGAUCCCCGGAGCUGACUUCGUACCACUGCAUCCGGAUGGACGAGAAGCAGCAGUACCAGCAACUGCUGCAGCAAUACACGACCGGGUACCUCCAACCGCUGCCCAAACCGCAGGUACGCGACGCGUCAGUGAACACCGUCCAACUGGAGGUCCCGACUCGACGGUUUGAGCGACUGGACAUAAAAGACGAAUCUACACGUCCUCCACAAAUCUCCCGAAACCUGCUCGAGGUGGCGUCCACCCUGGGACGCGAGCCGCCUCGGACGCCUCGACUGCGCCAGAAGCCUCCCGAGCGACUGGAGCCUUUGCAGCCGUUGGAGCGGUGGCAUCGGUGGCAGCGGCUGCAGCGGUUGCGGUGGCUGCAGCGGCUGCGGCGGCUGCAGCCGCUGGACCGGUUCGUGCGUCCACACCUGAAGAACCACGACUUCGAGUCGACCGCAGCGUUGCGGCGACCAGGCAACGGAGCCUGGGGUCGACAGUACGGUGGCCAGAGCUGCCUCGGCGUCGGGACGGCUCUGGUGUCGGGAACAACGCCGAGUCUUGUUUUGUGUGGGGAAUCGUCGUCCGAGCGUCACGGACACGUCAUCUCCAUAGCACAGGAGGAGGAGGUGGACUGCAUCGAAAGCAUAGCUGUUACUGAGAUUAGUGAAGGGGAUUCGCUGCAGCCGGUGCAGCCGGUCGAGCCGCUGCAGCCGGUCGAGUCGCUGCAGCCGGUCGAGCCGCUGCAGCCGGCGCAACCGCUGCAGCCGCUGCAGCCGGUUGAUCCGGUGCAGCCGGCGCAACCGCUGCAGCCGACGAAGCCGCUGCAGCCGGUGCAGCCGGUGGAGCCGGUGCAGCCGGCGCAACCGCUGCAGCCGGUGCAGCCGGUGGAGCCGGUGCAGCCGGCGCAACCGCUGCAGCCGCUGCAGCCGACGCAGCCGCUGCAGCCGGUGCAGCCGGUGGAGCCGGUGCAGCCGACGCAGCCGCUGCAGCCGACGCAGCCGGUGGAGUCGGUGCAGCCGGUGGAGCCGGUGCAACCGCUGCAGUCGCUGCCACCGAUGCCACCGAGGCCACCGAGGUCACCGAGGCCUUCGAGGCCUUCAAGCCCGUUUCCGCCGCUCUCGUGGGUCCAGGAGCUGAAGACCAAGCUGACGUCCUCGGAGGAGAGCCAGGCGGCGCGCAUCAAGCGGGAAGUGCGGGCCUGCGAGGGUCCUCUCUUGCCGGUGCAACCGGCAAGAGCAGACCCGACGCCGUCGCUGCCACCAAUGCAGUCGCUGCCACCAAUGCAGUCACUGCCACCGAUGCGACCGAGGCCAUCGAUGCCACCGAGGCCAUCGAGGUCACCGAUGCCACCGAGGCCACCGAGGCCUUCGAGCCCGUUUCUGCCGGUCUCGUGGGUUCAGGAGCUGAAGACCAAGCUGACGUUCUCGGAGGAGAGCCGGGCGGCGCGCAUCAAGCGGCAAGAGCGGGCCUGCGAGGGUCCUCUCUUUCCGGUGCAACCGGCAAGAGCAGAGCCGACGCAGCCGCUGCCACGGAUGCAGUCGCUGCCACCGAUGCAGUCGCUGCCACCGAUGCAGUCGCUGCCACCGAUGCAGUCACUGCCACCGAGGCCACCGAGGUCACCGAGGCCUUCGAGGCCUUCGAGCCCGCUUCUGUCGCUCUCGUGGGUCCAGGAGCUGAAGACCAAGCUGACGUUCUCGGAGGAGAGCCAGGCGGCGCGCAUCAAGUGGCAAGAGCGGGCCUGCAAGGGUCUGCUCAGCAAAGAGUGCCUUGUCCGACCAGCCGAGUUUGUCCAGGAAGUGGCGGAAACCGCCAAGGAAGACGUCCUCCCCGAGCUAACGGCGGAGAUGGAGGCGGCCAUCGAGAAUGCGCUGCGGCCCACUCCCCCGGAUGAGGUUUUGGCCCAGGGCUUCAAGCUCCUGGUGACCCGCAAGGACAUGGAGACAUUGACGGGCCUCAACUGGCUCAACGACAAAGUGAUCAAUUUCUACAUGAAUCUGUUGAUGGAGCGCGGCCGCACGGAGCCCGGCCUGCCCUCGGUGUAUGCCUUCAACACCUUCUUCUACCCCAAGCUACGGACGAGCGGCCACGCAGCCCGGCGGCGAUGCACCCGGCACGUGGACGUGUUCGCGCAUGACCUGCUGCUGGUGCCCGUUCACCGGGGCAAUCACUGGUGCCUGGCAGUGGUGGACUUCCGCACCAAGAGCAUCCGCUAUCUGGACUCGAUGGGCGGCUCCAACCCAAAGUGCCACAAGGUGCUGCGCCAAUACCUGCAGGACGAAAGCCGUGACAAGCGGGCCACUGACUUGGUCUUUUCCGACUGGACGUUCGAGGCCGUCAAGGACAUCCCGCUGCAGAAGAACAACAGCGACUCUGGCAUGUUUGCCCUCAAGUACGCCGAGUACAUUACUCGCGACGCCAAGAUCACUUUCGACCAGAUGCACAUGCCAUACUUUCGGCGGCGUAUGGUCUACGAGAUCUUAACGAAAAAGCUUCUUUGAGGACCCCGCCGUGCUUGACCGAAAGGCCGGCUAGACCACAAUGACUUCGAACCAAUAGUGAGAUUGGUUCGAAGGCAUUGUGAAACACUAUCAUGGAACCAACAUAUCGACAAUUUAGUUACCAACUCGUUAAAAUCUGUAGGUUUCCUAAGACGCACCCUACACGUGGCCCCUACUAUUACAUAGAUAGAGGAACGAUGCCCACGGUGUAAAAUGAAAAAUCGCGUUUACUUAGCAGAUAUGUACAACGCUUACCGCUACCUCGAUCGGCUCAAUCCCUUCUGUCCUCGCGCUUUUCUUUCUCGGCCCUCUUUGUCUUCAGUCCUUCGUCGCGCACACAUUCCACCUUUGUCUACAAUAUUCAACGCCCAAAUUGUUGUGUGUGUGUUUAUACAGCCAGAAGUUAGUCUGCCUCAGUGGGUGUCUGGUGUCUCAGCUUUAGAUGAGCAAUUUAACCAGUGCGGUACAACCGCUAGCCUGGGCUCUUUAACGUGCACCACGCAGUGGGGAUACACGACCGCGCGCCGGUACGAUGCUCAUCCAGAUCGAAACGGGAAGGGGUGGGGAUUGAACCCAGAAUCCCCGGGUUCUGCAGCGCGAGCUUUCGCUCCACGUGCUCCGAGCUGGUGUGCGCUAGCCCACUCGGCCACCGAUCCCCAACUUCAAUAAAACUGCUAGCAUAAAAAAACAGUUAUUCUCCCAAAACUAGAAUAUGCAAGUAUCAUAUGGCAUCCACAUCAAAUUUAUAUUUUUUCUUAACUAGAAUCUGUCCAAAGUAAAGCAGCCCGGUUCAUACAAAAGACGUUUCGCCUGAAACUAGUGUCUCAGCUUUAAAAACAAAUUUGGGUCUCACUUCAUUGUCGGCCCGGAGCAAAAUUAACCGAAUAUGUUUCUUUCAUGACUUAUACUACACUAACUCGUGCUUUAAGAACACCUAUGGUCAUUACCGAAAAUUCCUCUAAGGUACAGCUAUACCAGUCACACGCAAAUUCCUUUCUGUUUUCACCCUUAAUAUUAUCGAUUACAGAAUGGAAUAACUUGCCAGGCGAGAUGGUUACUAAGACAAAUCCCGUUGAAUUUAAAACAAUGUGCGAGCGCCUAUGGUAUGAAUAGUACACGUACGGUGCUUAUGUCUUGUUUUCAUAGUUACUUCCUGUUUCCCCAUAUUGAACUUAUUGUUUUAUACAUAGUUACCUCCAGUUGAAAGUUCCCAUUGUGGACGUAGGAUGUCACUUUUAUUUUGUAAACUGAGUUGGACUGAUUGCGAUUAUUUUGUUAUUAAAGACUCUGAUUGGAAAAUUAUGUGAUUAUGUUAUUACGAAUGCACGCACCGCCUACGUUAUGUAAUGCAUCCUCAAAGACGCACUUGAGGUAAAUAAAUGAGAUGAAAUGA